AUGGCUAGACGACUGAUGGACCUUUGGAAUGAAUGGGAGAUCCAAAUCCUGGUACUUGUCAGCUACACAUUGCAAGUCAUCCUUGUUGCCCUCGCCAGGAACCGUCGGCUCCAGGCCUCUGCCGUGCGGAGGUUGGUCCUCUGGCUUGCAUACCUGCUGGCAGACUCCGCAGGGUUAUAUGCCAUCGGCCACAUAUCCCUCAGCAGCAGGCUUCCUGAGCACCGGCUGGUUACUUUCUGGGCACCGUUUUUGCUGCUGAACCUGGGUGGCCCGGACAACAUCACCGCCUAUUCACUCGAUGACAAUCGACUCUGGUUGCGCCACAUGCUAACUAUGGUAGUGCAGGUCCUGGGAGCUGCAUAUAUUGUCUACAUGUCUGCCACUGCCAACGGGACAUUUGUGUUUAUCGCUUCCCUCUUGAUGUUCACUGUCGGUGCUGUAAAGUAUGGGGAGAGGACAUGGGCACUCAAGCGUGCGAACCUGGAGAGUAUCCGGAGUUCUCUCAACAAGGCCUGUGGCAAGGAGUACUGUUAUGCUAAGCCUAAAGGUGCCAAAGGAAAGAUUGAUGAUGAAGCCCUCCAGAUGACUGCUCAUUCCCUGUUUUAUACCAUUUGCAUGCAAGCCCUAGUUAGUUCUUCAUCGCCCACCAAGACAAGUCUAGGUGAAGACAGCGUUCAUGUAAUGAAAUAUACCUUUGGAUGGCAGGAUAUGUGGAAGAUGGUUGAAAUGGAACUCGCGCUGAUGUACGACAUACUGUACACCAAGGCUGCAGUGAUCCACACAUGGUCUGGCUACUGCAUCCGGGCCAUUUCACCACUCAUCAUCACAGCUGCGUUUUUGCUCUUUCAGUUCAGUGGAGAAGAUAGUUACAACAAGAUGGACGUCGUUGUCACUUAUGUUUCAUUUUGUGGUGCCUUCAUUCUGGAGCUAUCGUCGCUGCUCGGAGCUAUGGGAUCAAGCUGGACAAGGGCAGGGGAAGGGCAACGAGCCUGGCUUCCCCGUCUCCACCGGUGUGUCAAUUAUAUCAAGUUAGGGAACCACACGAGGUGGCCAAGCACCAUUGGGCAGUAUAACUUGCUGCACUUGUCCACCCGUGAUACAAACGAGCUUGGCAGCAGAGCCGCAAAGAAGAUUGGACUCGAAGACUGGUGGAACAAACAGCACAACAAAGGGAAACUUACGAGUACUGUGGAUGUCAACAAGUUGGUUUUCAAGCAUAUAUCAAGAACAUUGGAGAAUGAAGACUCUUUGGACGUGCUCAGGAAAGAGAGGGGCCGGGUGACACUGGAGAGGAGUGGAUUGUAUGAUGAUCUUCACCGUACUAUCGAGGGAGAAUUUCAUGGGGGCAUUAUCACCUGGCACAUCGCCACUGAUGUCUUCCUCUGCAAGAGCAAGCAAGCCAGGGGACAAGAUGCAACACCAAUUGUCAACGCGGUUCGGACCCUCUCCAACUACAUGAUGUUCCUCCUAGUGGCACGCCCCUAUAUGCUGCCAGGCCUUGUCCUCCAAAGCCUGUAUGAGCAAACCUGUAAUGGUUUGCUCGAUCUGUGGCAUCAGGAUGGCUCAACUGACACCGAUUGUCAAGCAUCUUCUCACUCCUUAAGCCGCCCCAACAGCUGGAACUUAAUUUACCUGCCUAAGAAAAUUUUCCAGGCUGACGAUCCAAAUUCUUCCAGGCUCCCCGAGAGAGAGAAGCUUGCCCAGAUCCUGCUCAACAGAAACGCUGGCUCGCUGAAUGACAACACCGCUAGAAAACCUGGCCUUGUUCUAGCUGCUCAGCUGGCGGAUAAGUUGCUAGCCAAGGAGAUGGAGAUGGAUGUGCCAGAUAUGUUGGACGUCAUCCUUGGAGUGUGGGUGGAGAUGCUAUGCUACGCAGCCAACCGAUGUAGCAAGGAUGCCCACGCCAGGCAGCUCAACAGCGGCGGCGAGUUGACGACCAUCGUCUGGCUUCUCACAGAGCAUGCUGCCCUUUUCCCCGUCGACGAAUCUCGCAAUUGUGCCCUGAUAGAAUGA